GCGCUUUGCAAAGCUAAAACCCUAGUAUAAAAUCUCAACUUCCCACCUCAUGAAGCUUUCGGGUUUGGUUCUUUUGGUAGCGCAGUUUGAAAAAGAAAAUGACUCCCUUGACAGAACCACAAGCCCCAGAGAGUACGGGAUAUCAAGCAUUCAAAACCAAGAAAAAGAGCAAGAAGAACAAGUUUCCAGAACCCGAAGAUCAAGUUGACGAAAAUGUUAAGCAGAGUCACCUAGAAAACGAGCAAAUCGAGCCAAAAAAGAGCAAGAAAGACAAGAGAAGGAGACAGAAAGAACGAGAAAACAACGAAGGAGGUGAACCCGAGGAAAGCGGUGAGGAGUCUAAGAAGAAGAAGAAGAAGAAGAAAGAGAAGAAUAAAAAUCAGAAGAAAGAGGAAGAAAAUGAGGAAUUUAAUGAAAUCCGAGAUGGAAAAGUAGACUCAAUUGAAUUUGAUGGGAUGGAAAAGGUGGUGGUGAGCGGAAAGAAUGCUGAAGAUGCAAAAUAUGUGCCCUUGAAAUCAUUUGCUAAUUCUAAUUUACCAAAAAAUGUUUUGGACUGCUGCAAGGAUUUUAGUAGUCCAUCUCCCAUUCAAGCUCACGCCUGGCCCUUCUUAUUGGACGGUCGUGAUUUUAUUGGAAUUGCAAAAACUGGGUCAGGCAAGACUUUAGCAUUUGGCGUACCGGCAAUGAUGCAUGUAUUGAACAAGAGAAAUGGUAAAUCCUCGAAAGGGAGGAAUCCGCUUUGCCUUGUGCUUUCCCCUACAAGAGAGUUGGCUGAACAAAUAUUUAAUGUUUUGUGUAGUGCCGGCCAAGCAUGUGAUGUCAAAUCCGUUUGUUUGUAUGGGGGAACAUCUAAAGGACCUCAGAUUUCUUCUUUGAAGUCUGGUGUUGAUGUAGUCAUUGGGACGCCUGGUCGUUUGAAGGAUUUGAUGACCAUGGAGGUGUGUCAGCUUACUGAGGUGUCUUUUGUGGUCCUAGAUGAAGCUGAUCGAAUGCUUGACAUGGGAUUUGAAGAGGAUGUUUGCUUUAUUUUGGGAAAGACAAGUUCUGCUCGUCAGAUGGUAAUGUUCAGUGCUACAUGGCCUGCAGCAGUUCACCGGUUAGCUCAAGAAUACAUGGACCCUAAUCCUGUUAAGGUUGUGAUUGGCUCAGAAGAUUUAGCUGCCAACCAUGAUGUUAUGCAGAUAGUUGAGGUUUUGGAUGACCGUGCACGUUAUGAGCGUUUGACUGAUUUGCUCAAGAAAUACCAUGAAUCUCAGAGGAAUAGGGUGUUGGUGUUUGUCUUGUACCAGGCAGAAGCAGAUCGUAUUGAAAAUAUGCUUAAGAGAAGUGGCUGGAAUGUUGUUUCUAUACAUGGUCGCAAAGCACAAAAUGAUCGCACCAAGGCUCUAUCAUUAUUCAAGAAAGGAAGCUGUCCUUUGAUGGUAGCUACGGAUGUGGCUGCUAGAGGAUUGGAUAUUCCGGAUGUUGAAGUAGUGAUCAAUUAUAGUUUUCCUCUCACUACAGAGGAUUAUGUGCACCGGAUAGGAAGGACCGGAAGAGCUGGUAGGAAGGGUGUUGCUCACACAUUCUUCACACAGCAAAAUAAGGGACUUGCUGGAGAACUGGUAAAUGUUCUCAAAGAAGCUGGGCAGGUUGUUCCACCUGCACUGUUGAAAUUUGGAACUCAUGUCAAGAAGAAGGAGUCCAAGCUAUAUGGGGCUCACUUCAAGGAAAUUGCUGCUGAUGCUCCAAAGGCUAAAAAGAUAACAUUUGAUGACUCAGAUGAUGAAAACUGAUGCACUAAAAUAUGGAGAAUUGAUUAUAAAAACCGGUAGAUUACUUAUUCUAGAUAUUCCACCAUAUUUAUUUACUUUUUAACCAGUUUUGUAUUAGCAGACUACUGGUAGUAUGGAAUGUGGAAAACCUAGAUUUUGCUUUUUCAUUGAA